CCUUUUUUUUCUUUUCCUUCCGACGCAAACCCACCACAUACACACAACCAUGCUGACAGAGCUGCCUGCGACGGUCGCGCUGAACGCAGACCAAGGGUCGGUGCGCGUGCUCGCUGGCCGAUCGCCGCUGUCGGGCUUCCGCACUGAGCGCCUCCUCGCCUCGCUGCGUGCUGCCGUCCCCGCGAUCGACGGCGUCCAGGCAGUCGUCCUCCACAUUGCCCACGUCGCACACGGCCACGAGCUCACCGACGCCCAGAACGCCCUCCUCGACCAGCUGCUGCUCUACGGCCCUCGCCCCGAUUCGACGACGACGACGACGACAACGGCAACGACGACAUCUGUUUCCACUCAGUCCCAGGCGUCCUCGUCUUCAUCGUCUUCUUCAUCGCCGUCCGUCCAGCUCGUCGUGCUGCCGCGUGAGGGCACCAUCUCGCCAUGGGCGUCCAAGGCCACCGACAUUAUGCACAACUGCGGCCUGCCCAUGAUCAGGCGCAUCGAGCGUGGCGUGCUGUACACUGUGACCCUCGCACCUGACGCUGCCACGACCGUCGUCGAGGACGUCCGCCAGCUGGCCGCACCGCUGAUCCACGACCGAAUGACCCAGAUCGUGCUGCCGUCGCUGGAGGGCAUUGAGCGCCUGUUUGACGCGGCGCGACCGCCAACCGUCACGUAUGUCGAUCUGCUCAAUGGCGGCAAGGCCGCGCUCGUUGCCGCCAAUCGUGAGCAAGGGCUCGCCAUUGCCGAGGACGAAAUGGACUACCUGGUCGACGCAUACACCAACCAGCUGUCGCGAAACCCGACCGACGUCGAGCUCAUGAUGUUUGCUCAGGUCAACUCGGAGCACUGCCGCCACAAGAUUUUCAAUGCCAGCUGGACGAUCGACGGUCGCGCCAAGGACAAGUCGCUCUUUGGCAUGAUUCGCAACACGCACGCCACUCAUCCCGAGGGCGUGCUCUCGGCCUACCGCGACAACUCGGCCGUCAUGACGGGCUCGCGCGCCGGUCGCUUCUUCCCGCAGCCAGGCACCCACGAGUACGCCUUCCACGACGAAGACAUUCACAUUCUCAUGAAGGUCGAGACACACAACCACCCUACGGCCAUUUCUCCGUACCCCGGCGCCGCCACCGGCUCUGGCGGUGAGAUUCGCGACGAGAGCGCUACCGGCCGCGGCUCCCGCGCCAAGGCUGGUCUGACUGGCUUCACCGUCUCGCACUUGCGCAUCCCCGGGUUUGAGCAGCCCUGGGAGCAAGCGACGGCCGAUGUUGGCGCCCCAGAGUCCAUCUCGUCCCCCUUCCAAAUCAUGAUUGAAGCCCCGCUCGGCGGCGCAGCGUUCAACAACGAGUUUGGCCGCCCAGCCAUCUGCGGCUAUUUCCGCACCUUCCUCCAAAAGGUUCCUGCUGUGACUGCCGACACGGAUGCCGCCACCAACCCAGUCGAGCUGCGCGGCUACCACAAGCCCAUCAUGAUUGCUGGUGGCAUGGGCAACAUUCGCCCAAUGCACGUCGAAAAGAGCAGCAUUUCUCCUGGCGCCUGCAUUGUUGUGCUCGGUGGCCCUGCCAUGCUCAUUGGUCUGGGCGGUGGUGCCGCCUCCUCGAUGGCGCAGGGCACCUCGUCGGCCGACCUCGACUUUGCCUCCGUCCAGCGCGACAAUGCCGAGAUGCAGCGCCGUUGCCAAGAGGUCAUUGAUGCCUGCUGGGCCAUGGGCCAUGCCAACCCGAUCGAGUCCAUCCACGACGUCGGCGCCGGCGGCUUGUCCAACGCCCUGCCCGAGCUCGUGCACGACUCCGACCGCGGUGCUGUCUUUGAUUUGCGCAAAAUCCCGUGCGACGAUCCCGGCAUGUCCCCGAUGGGCAUUUGGUGCAACGAGUCCCAGGAGCGCUUCGUCCUGGCCGUCAACAAUGUGCAGAUUGAAACCUUCGAGGCUCUGUGCCGCCGCGAGCGUUGCCCGUACGCCAUCCUCGGUCAGGCCACUUCCGAGGAGGCGCUGAUUGUCCGCGAUGACGUCUUCAACAACAACCCGAUCGACCUGCCCAUGGGCACCCUGUUUGGCAAGCCGCCCAAGAUGCACCGCAAUGUGGUUCAUCGUCACCUCGCCCUGCCCGAGUUCAAGCACUCGUCGAUUGUGCCCUCGCUCGACGAUGCUGUUCGUCGCGUCCUGCAGCUGCCCUCGGUCGCCUCCAAGAACUUUUUGAUUACCAUUGGCGAUCGCUCCGUCACUGGCCAGGUUGCGCGCGACCAGAUGGUGGGUCCGUGGCAGGUCCCCGUUGCCGACGUUGCCGUCACCACCGCCAGCUACGACACCCUUCGUGGCGAGGCCAUGGCGAUGGGUGAGCGCACCCCACUUGCCGUGGUCAACCAUGCCGCUUCUGGCCGAAUGGCCAUCGGUGAGGCCAUCACCAACAUUGCGGCAGCCAGCAUCACUGCCAUCUCGGACAUUAAAAUGUCGGCCAACUGGAUGGUUGCUUCCGGCUUCCCUGGCGAAGAUGCGGGCUUGUACGACACGGUGCAUGCCGUUGGCAUGGAGCUGUGCCCUCAGCUUGGCAUUGCCAUUCCCGUCGGCAAGGACUCGAUGUCCAUGCGUACCUCGUGGCAGGUGCGCAACGAGGCCACUGGCACCGACGAGCGCAAGACGGUCGCCUCGCCAUUGUCGCUUGUCAUUACCGCGUUCGCUCCUUGCAGCAACACGGAUCUGACGCUUACGCCCGAGCUCAAGUUUGUUCGUGGAUCGUCGCGCGUUGACUCGAUUCUGCUGUUUGUUGAUUUGGCUGCCGGCAAGCAGCGCCUCGGUGGCUCUGCCUUGGCCCAGGUCUACAGCGAGCUGGGCAACGAAGUUCCGGACGUCGAGUCGGCCAGCCUGCUCUCCGCUGGUUUUGCUGCCAUCCAGGCUCUUCGUGCGGCCGAGGUCGCACUGGCCUACCACGAUCGCUCGGACGGCGGUCUGCUGGGAACGCUGGCCGAGAUGGCCUUUGCCAGCCACUCUGGCCUGUCGGUUGACAUUACCGCGCUCGGCAGCGACCCGAUUGCCGCGCUCUUCAACGAGGAGCUCGGUUAUGUCGUGCAAAUCCCCGCCGCCUGCCUGUCUGUGGCCAUGGGCAUCUUCACCACCCACGGCAUCGCCGCGCACGUCUUCAACAUUGGCUCGCCGUUUGUCGACCCGGAGACUGAGGCACAGCCCAUCACCAUUGCGCACAACAACGAGGUCAUCCUGCAGGGAGACCGCGUUGCUUGGCACCGUUUGUGGGCCGAGACUUCCUUCCGCAUGCAAGCCCUCCGCGACAACCCAGCCUGCGCCCAGCAAGAGUACGACACCAUCCUCGACCUCGCCAAUCCUGGUCUGCAGUCCAAGCUGUCGUUCAACCCCGACGAGGAGUUGGCCAAGUUGCACGCCGAUCUGGCUGCGGCGCAAGUCUCGUCUCCCCGAGUGGCCAUCCUGCGCGAGCAAGGCGUGAACGGACACCUCGAGAUGGCGGCCGCUUUCACGAAGGCUGGCUUUGUUGCGGUCGACGUGCACAUGAGCGACAUUCUCUCCGGCGCUGUUUCCCUCGAGCAGUUCAGCGGUCUUGCUGCUUGCGGCGGUUUUUCGUACGGUGAUGUCCUUGGUGCUGGCGAAGGCUGGGCCAAGUCCAUCCUGUUCAACGAGAUUGCCCGCAACGAGUUUGCGCGCUUCUUCCAGCGCCAGGAUGUCUUUGCUCUCGGCGUUUGCAACGGUUGCCAGAUGAUGUCCAACCUGCGCUCGUUGGUCCCCGGUGCCGCGCACUGGCCCCGCUUUGUCCGCAACGCCUCUGAGCAAUUCGAGGCUCGCUUUGUCCAAGUCGAGGUGCUCGAGUCGCCCUCCAUCCUGCUGGCUGGCAUGGCGGGCUCUGUUCUUCCCAUCAUUGUCUCGCACGGCGAAGGCCGCGCAGAGUUCCCCGCUGAAGACCCCACCGCCCCUGCCAACGCUGUCAACGCCAACUUGGUGCCGAUGCGCUACGUCGACCACUACGGCACUCCGACGGAGGCCUUCCCUUACAACCCCAACGGCUCCCCCUUGGGCAUUACCAGCCUCACCAACGAGGACGGUCGCGUCACCAUCCUCAUGCCGCACCCGGAGCGUUGCUUGCGCACUGUCAACAACUCUUGGCAUCCCGAGAACUGGGGCGAGAAUGGCCCGUGGACUCAGAUGUUUGUGAAUGCCCGUCGCUUUGCUCUUCGUCAUCAAACUGCUUCCCAGCCGCACGGUCUCAAGCGACCAGGCGAUGCUUUGGAGCAGCCUUCCAAGCGUCGAUAGGCGUUGUGUUGGUUGUUUUUUUUUUUUCGUCGUCAAGCUGCCGAUGGUCAAAAUUUUUGUUGUUGAUUUUAGUUUGUUUGUUUUUUUUUUCCUUGUGGUUGUUUGAUGAAGAAUUGUCAAGAGGCAGUAAUACACACGCGUGAAUUUAC